AUGACCCAAUGUGUUUCUCUUUCCAAACCCUGUGACCUCUGGCCCCAGCUCCGGGCCACGCCCCUCCGUGGACCUGGCCGUGCGGUCACCAUCAAAGACUUCUGCUUUCCCUGUGGCUCCAGGAGGACGCGAGCAGAGCCAGCCAAGGAAAAGGACAAGGAGGAAAUCAGUUUUGGAGGGUGUGUAUCGCUGCCUGAGAAUGGAAUGAAGCUUCUGCUGUUUGUCCGGAGCAGCUGGAGGAAACUCAAGCUCUGCUCCAUAGUUUCUCAUGAACGUCGUCUGUACAUCUGCGUCUGA